AUGGCGGACUGUAUUCCUAUCGCACCAGAAUUACCAUUCCGACAACAGGUUAUCGAACUUGCUUCUCAUAUAGCUAGAUCAGUACCUAAUGCAGAUCAAGCGUCAUAUAGAGAAUUCGUAUCUUCUUAUGAAAGUCAAGUGAAAGAAGGAGAAGAUAUCUCAGAUGAACAAAAAAGACAAAUCGUUCAAAGUUUAGUCGGUAAAAUUGGAGAAUUGAAAGGUGCUUUAGAAGGUGUAAAGGAAUCUGAUGUUGAAAGUUCUCAUUUGCUAUUACAAUAUACACUUGCAAACACUUUUGAUCCUUCCUCAGAGGAAUACUCAACUUUGGUCAAGAACGUAGCGGAUGCCGUGAAGAAUGGUGGUGAGAACAGUGGAAAACAAAGUAGAGUGGAUGUAGCUUCUAGAAUCCUCAGCAACACAUACAAUCAUCUACCAACUUCAUCACCUCUUCGACCUACAGUUUUAUUAUCACUUUUAUCAUUACUUUCAACUUCAUCCGAUUUAUCAGCAGUCCCAUUAACAUCCGCCGCACUUUCAACUUCAUUAUCACAAUGGUCAAUCACAUCUUCUGCUAAAGUUUCGUUCCUGAUCUCAGCAUCAGAUUUAUACAUUUCAUCAGAUUUAUCGAAAUCACUCGAUUUCUUGACAUUGGCUUUAAAGGAAAGUGUAGAUGCUCAAAUCGUGGAAAAGGCUAUAUUGGUAAAUCUGGCUGUGAUUGAUAAAUUCGAAUUAGAUGAUGUAUUAAAGAUACAAGGUGUGAAAGAUAACCUUGGAAAAGCUCAGAGUGUUAUUGAGCUGUUUCAAGGUGAUGAGAUUGAAGCUGUUGAGAAAGGUCAACAAUGGGCUACAACAAAUUCUUCUUGGAUCGAAAGUGCUGGUAUCCCGAGAUUCACCGCCGAAUCUGUCGUUAGGAAACUCCGUCUCAUCGCUUUGCUCGCUCUUGCAUCCAAGGCCGAAACUCGUCAAUUGGAAUACGCACCUAUCGCCAAAGCCUUGAAGAUUGAUGAUUCCGAAGUAGAAGCUUGGGUUAUCGAUGCCGUUCGAUCCAAGUUAAUCUCAGCGAGAAUUUCUCAACCUUUAUCAUUAAUCAAAAUUCAAACCAUAUCAUCUUUAUCAACUUCAUCCAGAAGGUUCGGUACUGAUGAAUGGCAAUUACUCGAAAAACGAUUGAGCGAAUGGAAGAAAUCGGUCAAUGAAGCUAGAAUCGUUGUUGAGGAAGCACAAAAAAUCGCUGAACAACCAUUGCAACAAAAUCAACAAAGACGUCAAGGUGGUGGUGGUGGUCAUGCCGGAAAUAACAAUAAGAGGGAAAAUAGAACUAGAGAAGGUGGAGAACAACCUAAUGGUCAACAACAGCAACAACAGCAGCAACAACAACAGCAGACUGAAGAAGUUGUCGCUGCUUAG